GCCUUUCGAUUAGUGCUGAAUGAGAAAGCAGCGUGCGCGGUUCGAUCGAGUAAAAGCUGUUCGAGCAGAGCUUGAAACGUAUGUGAACACAUUACUUAACACUCAUUAUCAGCCAAGUCAAAGGUUUCGUGUUUGCAACCAAAACACUAAACAAAUCGAUCCGGUAAACCAUGGUGAUGCGAGUACGGAACUGAACUCACGAAGUUCUUGUUUGGUUUGGUUGUGAAUAUCCAACAGAUCUGUGAUGUGAAUCAACGGGACCACCGUAGAAGCACCAUGUUUGUGAUAGUAGUGAUGUUGUGUGUGACACGUUUUGGGCUAGCAGAUGAAUUCAGAUUCAUUUAUGGCAGUGUUUUCAAGUCAGCUCGUGAAAUCGACUUACAGUCAAAUGUCACAUCGUACACAGUAGGCUGUAAGCUAGAGUCCACACGAACUGGCAUCAACAGUCAGUUUCUGAGUCUGUACGUUGCUAAUAAAAAAGUGGACUCUCAGAUCGAGAACGUCACAACCAUAACAGUCAACGUAAAACUCCACCCCGGCAAUGAGUCGGAAGUGUGCGGCGUUAAAACCUACGUUUGCAAGCUGAAUCAAACCAUCGUGGACAGCACGACCGUCUUCGUUGGAAAACCUCCAGUGCUGAUUGAACCAAGCGAUUUUAAAUGCAUAUCGGAAAACCGUGAGUUUCUUUGGUGUGAAUUCACACGCAAUGAUUACUGCAAUCUGCAUACCUUGUACAAACUUUCAAUGAUAAGACACCAUGUUCCGUCCGAGUGUGUCCUGGAUCCUCACGUCGACAAGCAGAUGCGUUUCGACAGCCGAAGCAAUACCUGCCAGUAUUCCGCCGGACAGAGGAGCAUCACGUUCGAACUUGAAUCUCAGAAUGUGAUUGGAAGAACCGUCAUGGAAUUUCACAUGAACCACUAUGACUUAGUGAGACCGGUUGCACCCAGUUCCUUGCAGGUCCUCAAUAUCAGUACCACAAGUGUUGAUGUGGCAUGGAGCUUGAAUGAGAAACUAUUGAAUCUGGAUCGCAAAUUUGAAUACCAAUUCUUGUUUGUAUCGGAAUUCGAUUUAAAGAAGAAUAUUUUCGCUACGAUGCCUUUUGACACUAACGAAAUUAUGGUUUAUUCAAUCCAUGAUUUAACACCGUACACUGGAUAUGAACUGUUUGUUCGUGCUCGAGUUGUUCCAAUGGCACCUAGGAAAGCCGAAAAUGAGUACUGGUCAGCUUGGGUGCAAACAAACUUCAAGACUAAAUCGUGUAAGCCAAACCAAGCUCCUAUUACAGCUCCAGGAGCAUACAGUCUAAGUAACUUCAAGGGUGAUUUCGUCACCGUGGAAGUUUAUUGGCAGCAAGUUUCCCAGCUACUUCGAAAUGGUCCAGGAUUCAAAUACAAUGUGACAGCUGUUUCCAAAACUGGUGAAAGAUUUCAUCCCACUUCGAUGAGCAACGGAACCGCUUUGUUCCACCAGUUGAAAAUUGAUUUUUAUCAAGUUCAAAUAUCCUGCUACAAUGAAGAAGGAUCAUCUGAUUUUAACGUGAUAGAAAUUUUUCCGCCAACCGAAGGUCUAAGGCCUAUAAUCAAAAGAAUUCUACUCGAUGAUAGAAAUUACGUAUUUUCCUGGUAUCCGGUUCAAAAUGCAGAGCAGCUUCUAAAUUACACAAUAAUAUACUGUAACUUUACUGCCACAGGAUCUUGUCGUGACGCAACAGGAUUCGCCGUUAUACCUGCGACGGAAACAACCUUCAACAUUACUUCGGAACUAGUGUUGAAUCUAGCCGUCGCAGCUAACUACAGGAACUAUUCAUCUGAUCUCUCCUGGCAAAAGUGUGUAGUUUCCAGUCAUACCGGGAUAACUCAGCCAAAGUUUAGUAUUACCGACAUAACGGCGAGUUCGCUCGUUGUACGUAUGAACAAUUCCUGCACGGAUCGUUCACUCGUCAAACGGUACGAGGCUAGUGUUUGGACUACCGACAGCACGAAUCUUGUAGAGGGAAUGACUUUUAAUCCAUACGUUACGGUGAUUCCUAUUACCAAUCUGAACUCCAAUACGGAAUACAACAUCAUAAUUGCAGCUUAUGAUGAUUCAGAUGCAUCACACCAGACGGCACACGUAGUUACGACGAAACACAGUGAUGCCCUUCUAUAUUCGAUACUAUACUUGCUUGGUGGCAUAGCUAUAUUCGUCGGACUGAGCAUAAGUACAUCUCGAAAAGUGAAAAAGAUGAUGAACAUUAAAGUGGAUAUUCCGCUGGGAUUGAUGGGAAUCGAUGAAACCAACAACGGCGAAGCGGAAAGUACGAAGCCCCGUACUAAUUACGAAACGAUUAGGGCGGGUUCCAAUUCGGUCAAUACAUCUGAAACCACCAACGAGCAUGAUAUGACGUGUAUACUGACAAAGUCAAACAUAAACUUCUACUCUCAAAUGCCAUCAUCCUUUGGAAACUGGAAAAGACCCAAAAAUAGUGUUCAGAUGUUGGCAGACGACGCAUACGUUUUACCAUCGCAAAUAUCUUCUACUGUGAUGGAGAAACUGAAAGACCAACUCGGAUCUUCAUCAGGAUAUGUUGGAUUAACCCAGCUGAUGUCUCAAACGAAACAAUAAAGGUCUAUUGAAACCUACUCGAUUUGGUUCAGACACGACACAGUUGCGUACACGGAAUAGUUUUCAUUACAUUGAAACGCGUGGAAAAAUAUUACCGCCCGUGCAUGGUGCCGUGCCGACUCAGAUUCGGAGCGACAAAGUUUGAAUGUACCUUAAUUAUGUGAUGAAUGCUAGAUUAAUCAGCAGAGAAGUUAUAAAAAAUAGCAGAUUUACACUCAAAAAAUUAAUCACUUCAUUUGUAUGGGAUUGUUUACGUACACUGUUUAUACUUUGAUAAUAUUUUUCGUGACGUCUAUGAAUGAGACCUGAGAGCCUUGUAGAAGUUAUGAGAUUUACAUAUAAUCUUCAAAUGGUAAAUUUCAUGCUCGGAGUUUAAGUGAACAUGCUGUAUAAAAAAAUAAAUUUUUCAAGAUGGCUGACACAGUUUGAAAUUUGAUCACUACCUAACGAGAAAAACAGAUUCUCAAAUCAAUUCUGACGGUAAAAGCAGAAAGCGAAGAUAGACUUGUGAUACGAGUACGACGUGUAGUGAUUGGUGGCGGAGGGGUUACCAUAGAAAUAUAACUAUAAUUGAAUGCGGUGGCCUCCGAGCACAGCGAAGCAUGCUCGGUUCUUCUAGUCAAUUAGGUUGUUUGUUUAUGUAUUUUCACAUGCAGGGUAGUUUAAUUUAAAAAGAUAAAACAAUUUCUUCGGAUGGGAGUUAGCUACGCGUUCGAGUUCUGUCUCUGCGGUAGUUUUUUGCGGUUUUCGUUACAUAAUUGUAUUCGCAUGUCAUUUUUGCAAUUUGUUUUCCUCGUUAGAUACUGAUCAAAUUUAAAUCUAACUCAAGGGUCGUUAGAUACUGAUCAAUUUUUAAUCUAACUAAAUGGUCGUUAGACACUGAUCAAAUUUAAAACUAACUCAAGGCGGCUCUACGUCUUAAACAAGACUAAAACAAAUAAUGGAUGUUACUGACAGAUUCAAACGUUUUUCAUUCUUUAUUGGAAGUUUUCAAACGUAAGUACAGUUGGAAAUUCGUGUAACACUUAAAAUCCAAAUUUCCCAAUUUUCAUUAUUAGAAUACGAUGUUGGCUAGUUGGAACUCCACAACAUGAGACUUCCAGGAGUGUGAUACGUAUGGUUUUGUAUAUCACUACUGGUGGCAACUUUUUACACCGCGAACCAUCAGUACAGGGUCAUGAACCUUCUUGGUCUCCGGAGAAGCUUCACUUCACUUAUUGGUUUUUGGGCGACAUUUCUUACCAAUCUGUGGUCACUGAGUAAAUCGUUUGCCAAGGCGGAAACAAGCGUUUGCCAAGGCGACGACUAUCAGGGUGGGCAACUGCUACGGGGCGAUGGAACAGUUAUGUGAUGACCAGGGUGUCCAGAUGAUACAGCAACUCGGCCUACUUGUAACGGAGGCCUGCGUUUCAGAAUCAACCCGGAGAGUGAUACUGCGUGCACUUUGUCUAUCACGAGUGUCUAACACGAAGUCGAUUGGGAUUUUUAACUUGAUCGGUCUUUCCCGCCAAACCCCGCUGACAUUACGCUUCGGAUUUGGAUCCCAGCUCAUUACUCCAUUCCAGGCAAUGAAAGAUUGAUAUUUUCGCCAAACGUGGUGCUAUUGAGGGUGAAAUUUAUGAGAGACCGAUUGCUUUCCACGAAUUCUAUAGCGCGUCUCGCCAAAGAACAAUUGACAGCUGGCAAGCUUCUUGGGAUAAAAAUGAUAUGGGUCGGUGGAUGCACUCAAUUAUUCCUAAAACAUCGACAAAGGCAUGGCUCAGGGGACUGAAUGUGAGUAGGGUCUUCAUUCGUGUGAUGUCCAGACUCAUGUUCAAUCGCUACACGUUAGAUACACAUCUCCUUCGAAUUGGACUUUCCGAGACUAAUCAUUGUUCUUGUGGCGAAGGUUAUCGCGAUAUUGAUCAUGUCGUUUGGACAUGCGUGGAGUAUCGUGAUGUCAGAUCUCAACUAAUAAAUUCCUUGCGUACUCAAGGUGGACUAUUCAAUGUCCCAGUUCACGACAUUCAUUAAGUCCAUUGGAGAUCCAAUUUAAAUUUUAUUUUAUGUUAGACUCCUUUCUCUUCCAAUAGCCAGCAAUAUUAUAUGAAAAGAAGUGAUGAACUGAUACAAACAAACUUAAAUAGUUAUAAGAUCAUGUACAAAAUAAAUGUAUUUUAUUUAAUGCAAUUUAUAAUAGCAACUCGCUUGAUAAAAAUAGUAUUUAGAUUAACUAAUGAAUACCAACAUACUAAUAUGAUAUUCGAAAUAUAUUAGGUUUAAAGUACUAUGUAUUGUGGAUGCCACGGCGAAGCAAAACUUAUGUAUAUUGCCUAUGUAAUAAACGAAUUUAUAUA